AUGACUACCCUCAAGUUAAACGCGGCUCUGGGCAACACCCGAGACGUUCUCGCAGCCAACCUUAAACUUGCUAUCGCUGCUCUGGUGUUUGGUCAGGGUGAGGUGACGUGGGAUUCGCCACAACCAGUUCUUGCAACCCUCAACAAGGGCGAUGAGGCGGUAGAGCUUAUCGAGCCCAACGCCAUCGUCAAGUACUUGGGCAACGACUUCUCUACCACUGCUGCCAUCACCUUUGAAGAGUCAGCGGUGUACAAGGCGUUGAAAACGAACCAAACCAUCAACAUUGAUAUCCCUUUCACCAAGGCCGAGCCCACCGUGGAACAGAUCAUCUUUUUUGCUGGGGUCUACGCAUUGAACCAAGAGAUUCAACACCCUUGGAUUAAUGAAUUCGCUCUGCUCGACUCGGUAAAGCUGGCCGUGGCUGAUGCCAAGAAGAACACAAAGCUUGCUAGGGUUAUUUCGGCAGUCAGGGAUGGUGCUGUGAAGGUGAAGUCGGGUCAUACUGUGCGCAAGGUUGAAGGUCCUAUCGUGCCCAAGGAGGGUGAAGCCAAUGUGCUUAUCACGUCGGCGCUUCCCUACGUGAAUAACGUGCCUCAUUUGGGUAAUAUUGUCGGACUGGUACUUUCGGCCGAUAUCUAUGCUCGCUACAGCAAAAAUCGCAACGUCAACACGUUGUUCAUUUGUGGUACCGACGAAUACGGCACUGCCACCGAGACUAAGGCAUUGGAAGAAAAGACCACCCCGCAAGAAUUGUGCAACAAGUACCACAUCAUCCACAAGCAAGUGUACGACUGGUUCGACAUCAACUUUGACUACUUUGGUCGCACCACCACCCCACUCCAAACGGAAAUUGCCCAAGACAUUUUCAUGAAGUUACACCAAAAUGGUUUCCUCGAAGAAAAGACUACGGAGCAAUUGUACUGUGAGGUACACAAGUCGUUCCUUGCCGAUCGGUUCGUGGAAGGGACUUGUCCCAACUGUUUCUAUGAUGACGCUCGGGGUGACCAGUGUGAUAAAUGUGGGCUUUUGCUUGAUCCACUUCAACUCAUCAACCCCAGAUGUAAGUUGGAUGGGUCGACGCCUAAGGUGAGAGAACUGACUCAUAUUUACCUCAAGCUUAACGAAUUGGAAGCACCUUUGAAGGAAUGGGUAGACAAGGCGUCAGAAGAGGGCAACUGGUCGAAGAACUCGCGCACCAUCACCGACUCAUGGAUCAAGAAAGGUUUGGAGCCGCGAUGCAUUACUCGUGACCUCAAGUGGGGUACACCUGUGCCGUUGGAGGGUUACGAAGACAAAGUGUUGUAUGUGUGGUUUGACGCCACCAUCGGUUACGUGUCAAUCACUGCCAAUUAUGGCGAAAAGAAUGGCGAUGUUGAAGCGUGGAAGAAAUGGUGGCGUAAUCCGGAAAACGUUAAUCUUUAUCAAUUCAUGGGUAAGGAUAAUGUGCCCUUCCACACUGUGGUGUUCCCGGCGUCAGAAAUUGGCACCAACGACCCCUGGACCAAGUUGCACCACUUGCUGACCACAGAGUACUUGCAAUAUGAAGGUGGCAAAUUCUCCAAGCUGAGAGGCGUUGGUGUGUUUGGCAACAACGCUGAAGAGACUGGGGUGUCGGCGCUGGUGUGGCGGUACUACUUGGCACUGGUGAGACCUGAACUGUCGGACCUGCAAUUCUCCUGGAAGGAGUUUGUUACUAAGAAUAACUCAGAGCUCUUGAAUAACUUGGGCAACUUCGUUAACCGGAUUGUCUCGUUUGCCAAUGCCAAAUACGCCGGGGUUGUACCGAAAUUUGACGUGAAGAACAUCCCCAACUACAAAGAGUUCAAUGACGAUGUCAACGGUCUCCUCAAGCAGUACAUCGACACUAUGGACGCCGUUAAGUUGCGCCAAGGGUUGGAGUUGGCGAUGGCCCUUUCGGCAAGGGGGAACCAAUUCCUUCAGGACAAUAAGUUGGACAAUGCCCACUUCAACAAUGAGCCAGACAAGACUGACGCCGUUGUAGCGGUGGGUCUCAACUUGGUUUACUUAGUGCUGGCGGUGAUCCUGCCGUUCAUGCCUGGCACCACCCACCAGAUCGAGGAGAUGCUCAACGCGCCGGCGUUGUCCAUCCCUGACAAGUUCGAGACCGUGUUGGAGCCGGGACAUAAUAUUGGUGAACGCAAGUACUUGUUCACCAGAAUCGACGAGAAAAUGAUCGAUAAAUGGAGAAGUGACUAUGGUGGUCAACAAAAUUAG